AUGUCAGCUAUAUCGAGAGCAACACAAACUGAGUCAUCGGAUCGUUUGGCGGCAGUUCAACUGCGUUUGGAGAACCUGAAGAGCAUCUUGCCCCAACACGAUGUUGCCUGGGCAGAGUGUCAAGAAGUUCAACGUUCGCCAACUACAAUUGCUAAGAGCGGAAGCACACAGAUUAAGCGAGACAGAUCGACAGUCCCUAUUGGCCACUACCGAACGAGAGUCGCCCGAAGUGUUUAUAAGAACCUCAACUGGGAUUCCUAUUCGCUGGCGACGCGCGCCCUUCUGGACGCUGUCUUUGACAAAGAGACGCUCGGCACGAAGAAUCUAUCUGGCAUUAAAAUUGACUCGAAGGGUCGCCAAUGGUCCGCGACCAAUAUGCUUGAUCCGCAGAAGAUCAGCGACAUUGUGCAGCUGGUUAAACGAAACUGCAAAGUGGACGAACGACGCAUACGUAAAAUUAUUGCUCACAAAUGCGGGGAUACUGCCAGUACGAAACGCAUAAAGAGUUUAUAA